CGCCGCCAUUUUCCCGCCCCCCCCCUCCCCGCCGCCGAUCCCGCCGCCAUCUUCUCCCGUCCUCGCUGCCCCCGCUGCCGCCGCCGCGAUGCCGGAGGACCACGACUGGGAGGCGUACAAGGUGCCGCCGACCCGCACCCCCGUCGCCGAUAGGACCACAUCGGCGCCCAACCCCCUCACCUUCGUGCAGACCUUCUUCACCUAUGUCAUUGACGCGCCCGUCACCUUCGUCCGAGAGUGGAUCGAGCGGCAGCAAGCCAAGAACAAGACCUAUUACUAUCACCAGAAGUUCCGCCGCGUGCCUGACCUGAGCGAGUGCCUGGAGGGCGACUACCUGUGCUUCUUCGAGGCUGAGUGUCAGUGGAGGAGGGACAGGUUGGUUGAUCAGGAAAUCGUGGAGAUAGUCCGGGAAAGGCUGAGUGCGUGCAACCAGAGGGAAGGACCCAACCAGUUCCAGAACUGUGCUAAGGAGGUGGAGCUGCUGAAACAGGUCACCAAGGCCUACCAGGACAGAUACGGUGAUCUGGGUUACCAUGGGAAUGCACGGACGUGCCUGAUGAAGCAGAAGCACAGGAUGAUGGAAGAGAGGAAAGCAGCACAAGCAAAGGCAUCUCAGUAGAGCUGAAACGGUUCCCCCUCACUCCAUGGUGCUGGAACCCAAGUGCAUGUGGCAUCCUUGACCUCUGGUGCCUCCACAAUAAACGUGCAGCCCAGGCAUCUCUACAA